AUGGACUGGUCGUCCGGAGUUGAACUUUAUGCCCGAUAUAAAAGAUGGAAGCAAAAGUGUGAAAACAUUUUCCAAGGACCACUCCUUGAGGUUGAUGGAGAAGUAAAAUGUAAAUAUCUUCUCAUGUGGUCAGGAGAUCAAGGAUUUGAUCAGUUUGUUGAAGAAUCAAUCCGUGAUGCAAUUGUAUUUGGUAUUGACAAUCAAAGGAUACGUUUCAAUUGUACAACCAAGGGUAAUGAUCUUACUCUCAAUGAUGCCAUCAAGUUUGCUAGAACCGAAGAUUGCACCACUCAACAGCUCAAACAGAUGGAUUUCAAAGAUUCAGAAUCUGUUCAUACUCUUUAUAAGAAAAAGGGAGGAAGAUAUCACAGAAAUCGUAAAUUUAUUCGCAAAACCCAUGAACAUUACAAUUUUGAUUUCGAUUAUGACUGUGAUAUUUCACCCAGUGUCAAUAAUGAACCUCCUGAUAACAAUUUGGAUGAUCAUAAUGUGCAAAAUCAAAACUAUGAUCAAGAUAUUAUUGUGAACGAUCAGAAUGUUGAUGAUGAAAAUCUGAACCACAACAAUGAUAAUGCAACCAAAACCAGAUCAGGCAGACUGAUAAAACCACCAAAUAGAUUGGAUCUUUAA